CACCGUGUCAGUUUUACGGCAACAUGGCAGCCUGCUGGCUGGAGCUGGGACUCAGUCGACUCUGACCGUCAGAGUCUGAAACUUAAACAUGAAAACGUCGCCGGGCAGCACGAGACCAGCAGGUCGGUAACGAAGGGCUCGUGAUGAUGAUGAUGAUGUGUUUGCGGAGGAUUUCCGCGCCGCUGAGCCGCAGCGCAGUAACCGUCCGCUGCCUGGUGUCAGCGCGGGGUGCUGGUGUGUUCUGGCUGGAGCCUUCGUCAUGGCGGCACGCACACAGACCUGUCACAGACCACACAAGGUUGAAGCAGUCCCCGGUAAGCGGCGCGUGGCUCUUUAGAGUUAACGGGACGGGGACGGCUGGGAUCCUCCAGCAGGUAAACGCGACACCCUGGCACCAGCAGGGACCCGUACUUCUGCACCGGGGAGGUCACGGCAGGACGGCGGACAGUUUACGGUCUCUGCUGUCACCCAAUACUCGUGGGCUCUGCAGCGGUAAGACCAAGGAGACACCGGAUAACACCCCAGCGGCGGACCCGAAGGAAGCCACUCCGGUACCGGGACAGGGACUCUUUAAGUUCAAAGAGCUGUAUGAGAACCCGUGGACGAUCCCCAACUUCUUGUGUGUGUGUCGGAUUUUGCUAGCUCCGUUCUUGGGUCACCUGAUCAUCGAGCAGCACUUUCACCUCAGUCUCGCUCUGUUCACACUGGCCGGAGCAACUGACCUCUUGGAUGGUUAUAUUGCCAGAACGUGGCCCACUCAAAAAUCAGCUUUAGGCAGCGCUCUCGACCCAUUGGCUGAUAAGAUUCUCAUCAGUAUUUUAUAUGUCAGUCUCACCUAUGCUGAUCUUAUACCAGCUCUGCUCACCGCUCUAGUGAUUUCCAGAGACAUUGGUUUGAUAGCUGCUGUCUUCUGGGUUAGAUACAAGACUGUACCUCCACCGGUGACCCUUAGCAAGUUUUUUAACCCCUGCUACACUACGGCACAGCUCAAGCCCACACUCUUCAGCAAGGUGAAUACAGCCAUCCAGCUCCUUCUGGUUGCAUCUUCUCUGGCUGCUCCGGUCUUCCAGUAUACAGACAGUAUCCUACUGCAGUGCUUAUGGUACGUUACAGCCGUGACCACAGCAGCGUCAGGCUACAGCUACUGGCACUACGGCCGCAAGACAGUCAAGGUGCUCAACACCAGAUCACCAUGAAAGCCAUAAAAGGAAAAACAGCCAGAAAUCUGAGCCAAUAGCGCUGACAGGCCCUGCAGAGACUCUGAUCAGCCGUUGCGAAAGUCGGACAGACAGAUGGACGAUCGCCAGGAGCUCUGAAACCAAGUAGCUGUGACAACCAUUUAUGAGUGGCAAUGACACACGGAAACCAACCGAGGAUGCAGACGGUUUACUGCAACACUACAGAAACACCCAACAGCAGCUCUGCCACUGCACUGGCAUGUGGACUACAGACAUGCACACAUAUAGAAACUGCAAACACAGAUAUAGACCAUCCACCCUCCCACCACGCACACGCUCAAACAUACAUGUCCAGUGUAUGUUCAGUAAUCCGGCAAGAGCUUCUAUUUUUUCUUAGUUUUUCAAUCUGGAGGUUGCAAUGUCAACAUGAUUGUCAGUUUUGUAAACCAAUGAUUUAUGAUUAAAAAGAAAAUCUGC